GUCGUCCUGCCUGUCAACAACACUGCAACCUGAGACAGGAUAGCAGCCUCUUGGCUAGCUAAGUCAACCUGCUAAGUAAGCUGCUCUGCUAAACACCUACUGUUACAAUUUAUUAUACUAUCUAGUACUAUCAUGUAACUACUCUAUAAAGUUUGGAUUGGGCCAAAGGAAGGACGGACUUGAGUUAGGCUACUUCAACACCUUCCUCCUGUGUGAUAUGACAUCGCUGCUUGCUCAUUACAUAAGUCAGACUUCUACAGAAAACGGUUGAUAUCUGAUCAGGUGCUGUUGAGCAGAAUGGCUGCACAGGUGGAGGUACAGAGCGGGGACGUUGGGAGGACAGUGACAGGAGGAACACUUCACUUGAGUCCUCUGACUGACUCAAGUAAUACAAGUUCAUCAAUCAGUCAGUCUCAUAUAAUCACUCCAGAAGCUAAAAAACCUGUCCCUGGCCCCAAACCGCGUCUUAACCCAAAGCCGUUCACCCUGGAGAAGCAACCCACUAUGAAGCCUGUACCUGCCCCAAAGCCUCACCCCAAACCAAGGCCAGUAUCCACUCACCUUGUUGGAUACAAACCAGACAUUCCAUGCAGUCCAAAACCACAGCACCCAGUUGCCAUCGUCAAGCCAAGUUCUGUGUCAACCAGCCCUGGUCAUCCUACCUCAACCUCAUUUAAAACAUCCACUAAGGUGAAUACUGGGCAAACAACCAAGCCGGUUGCCCCCCCAUUUAAACCAGCCCCUCCUCUUGACAUUGUAGACAACAUUAAACUCACUCCUCCGUUGCCGCCAGAGAGACCGAAACCUAAGAACCAGAAAACACCGAUGCAGAGUGGGGCAUCCAUUGCAAGAGCCAAGUCAUUGGGGUUUCUUAAUCACAUUGACAAAGAGGAGGAAAAAAGUCCAUUAGAGGCAGUUGUCCCACCACGACCCAAACCCCGUGGUUCCAAGCCUAGACCUGUGUCAGCUGUUUUCCUUCACAAUCUUGAGACACCACUUCCUGCUCCUCGCUUGGUUUCAUCUGAUCAGACACCCAAGUUUGAGACAGUGGGUCUGCCAUUACAUCGUAAACUGAUCAAACCCAACAAUCAGGAAAGCCCUACGAAAGAGGAAGCAUUUCCACAAAGGCCACAGCAGCAGACAAACACUACCUUGAGGCAUAAUAGUGAUGUUGAAGAAAGCCUAGUGGCCUCAGACGAGAAGACCAACAAAAAUGAAGACAAAAUAAAUGUAAAAGUGACUGAAGAGGAUCAUCGAGGGGUUAGCGUCAAGUCACGGAUUAAUCUCCUUAUUGAAUCAUCUUCCACUCCUGAGACAGUCUCUGCCGGACAAACAUCGGAUAUUCCUUCUCAAGUGCAGAGAGUCCCUGUUUCUGAACCACAAGUGGGUGUUAAACAGCGCAUCAAGCAGCUAACAGAUGAUAUGCCAACUCAGAGUCCUGUUUUGAAACCAGCACUGAAGUUCCGCACCCUGCCCUCGGACCUCACCAAAAAGUUUUCGUCUGAGAAGUUAUCUGACUUUGGCGGUGUUUCCCUCAUUGAGGAAACAGAAUAUCAUGACAUCAGAAAAGAUCCUCAAAGGAAGGUAAGAGCGAUUGAAGCUGCAACAGUCAACACCAGUUACAAAAAGGAUUUGUUGGAUUUCCAGGAUCAGCUCAAACGGAACAGCUCAAUGACAGAAAGUCCAGCGACAGAAGAGCCAUUUAGUCCUACCAUCAAACAAAGCAGUCCCAGUGUUGAAGUGCAAACAGUGCGAGCGUCCAUAUUUGAUAAUAUUGUUGAGCGAUCCAGUGUGCUGAUGGUGGAUAAAGAUAAACAAUUGGCCAAGGACCCUGACUCACUCAAUAGCCCAUCUUUGAGGAGAGGAAGCAGUGAAGAUGGAGGUACUCUAGUGACUGCCACGUAUAAAGAUUCUCUAUUUCCAAGUUCCCUGCGAGUGAACCACGCCAUGGCCACUGUGAAAGCAGUAGGAGAGAGCAGAGCAGUCAGUGAGAGCAUCCCAUCUGGUCAGCGCGAGGACAAGGCCAUGACCUUACACUCCAGACGCUCUGAGGGAAACAGGAUGAUGACGGCGAAAACUGGUUUAAUUCAAGGAGAGCCCGCUUCGACAAUGGCAUUAGAGCAGCAGCCUCGAUACUUGCGAAUAAGGUCCUUGCAGAAAUGGGCAAGCCCAGAGCCAGGUGUGGAGAAUGAGACACUAAAGCAGUCACCUAAGGAGAAAGAAAUUGAUUUGAGUAAAGACAGACAAAGAGAAGCAGAGCAAGAGGAAACAGCUGCAGCUCCUAAACGCUUGAAAACACUGCAGGGAGAUGAAAAGUCAAAACCCAAGGCAACUUAUUUUGCUUUGACAGGACAAAUACAGGGAUCUAUGUCUCCUUUAGAGGUAGGCACUGACAUUACAAGUUCAGCAAUACUUUAUGAUGAUUUUUCAAUAGGUUCUGGACAGGGAAGCUCUCAAGGUAAGGUUUCUGCCAUUAAGAGGAAUCUGUCAUUAAAUGAAACAUUUGGAAAAAAGCAUCAGGACAAAAAUGUGGACGCAGGGAUGAUAAGUCACAUUUCACCCAGGCAGAUAGCACCAGCAAUGGAUGUGCAAACAGCCGAGAAAAUGCCAGAAGUAAAAAGAGGACCAAAAAAUGAUAAGAUAAACGAGCUUGAGAGGGAAAAACAGAGACAGAUAGAAAUUGAAAAUCAAGCCAUUUUACAAUUUUCACAAAUGAAGGAAAGGGAGAUACAAAGAGAAUUUGAAAGACAGAAAGCGUUAGAAAGGGAGAAACAAAGUGCCCUGGCACAACAGAGACAGCUUAAACAGCUCAGAGAAUUGGAGUUUGAAAAACAGAGACAACUGCAGCUUGAGAAAGAAAAAUCGAGACGGCAGGAUCAGGAGAGGCAAAGAGAGCUAGAAAAGCAGAAACAACAAGAAAUUGAAAGGCAGAGAGAGCAAGAACUAGAGAGACAACGUGAACAAAUGAGGCUGAAGGAGCAGGAAAAGGAGCGACAGCGAGAACUUGAGAGGCAGCAAGAACUAAUGAAGCUCAAGCAACUGGAAAAGGAGAGGCAAAAAGAAGCUGAGAGACAAAGAGAAAUGGAGAGGCAGCAAGAACAGAUGAGGCUAAGGGAGCAGGAAGUGGAGAGACAGCGACAACUUGAGAGGCAGCAAGAACUGAUGAGGUUUAGGGAGCAAGAAAAGGAGAGACAGCAAGAACUGGCUCGGCAGCAAGAGCUGAUGUGGUUGAGAGAGCAGGAGACUGUUAGACAGAGAGAACUUGAGAGACAGCGAGAACUUGAGAGACAGCGAGAACUGAUCCGGCUGAAGGAGCAAGAGAAACAGGUAGAACUUCAGAGACAGCAAGAACAACUGAGGCAAAGGGAGCAUGAAAUGGAGAGACAGCGAGAACUGAUGAGGCAGAGAGAACUGGAAAAGGAGAGAUGGCGAGAGCUUGACAGACAGCGAGAGCAGGAAAAACAGAGGCAGCUCGAACUGGAACAGGAGAGGAGCCGUGAAUGGGAGCGACAGAGACAAUGGGAGGAAGAGAUGCAAAGAGAGCUCGAUAAGGAGACGCGUCUAAUGGAAAUGCAAAGGAAUAAGCAGAGAAUGGAGGACCUGGAGAAAAUGAAAGAGAUAGAGGCAGAAAAGCUCUCAGACUUUGAAAAACAGAAGCAAAAAGAAAAGGAACGACAGCAACUUGAAAAGCAGCGACUCAAAGAGAAGAUGGACAGAGAGAAAGAUAAAAUCAAACAAAUGGCUUUAGAACAGGAAAUAUUGAGACUGAAAGAGAUUGAUAAAGAAAGGGAAAAACAACAAAUUGAGAGGGAGCACGAGGAAGACAUUGAGAGGGAAAAGAUUAAAGAGCUGGAAAGACAAAAAGACUUGAGAAAGGAGAAGCUUCGGAGGGAAGCGGAGCGAAUUAAAGAGAUAGAGCGAAUACAAUUAAUGGAGUUUGAAAUGCUAAAUCGAACAGAGAUGGACAGCUGGCAUCCAGACAUUGAAGAACACAAACUAAGGGAGGCUAUGGAAAAGGCUGAGGCGGAGAAAAUGAGACAAGUUGUUAAACUUCAAGAAGCAGAGAGACAGAGACUCAAGGAGAAGCAAAGGAAAGAAGAACAAGAGAAGAUGAGGUUGGAACAAACCCCGCUAAGGCCCAAAGUGGUGGAUUUGGACGCUGUGCUCAGAACUCCCACCUCUCAUCACACUGACCCAGCAUUACGAUGGAAGGAGCCCUCUCCCAGACCCCAAACACAUAAACCUGCUGUUUUUGACAUAGACUGCUCCAGUCAAGAUCUACUGCCUGUUGCCAGUAUUCAGGAAGUUGAUUCCAACUUACUACGGCCUGCGCCUGAAAGAGAUAUCACCUGGAAGGUACCACCACGGAUGUCUGAUUUUACAAGCCCAGUGUGGACAGUAUCCACACAAGACCCCUGGGAACUACAGCCUAGCCAGAUGUCUCACCCCACCAAAGUCAGCCCAGAUCAUGGACCUAAUAGGAAGGAGCAACAGUUUCUUGCCUCACAGAACCAAUGGCCCCAUAGGCAAGGCCAACCACUUUACAUGGACCCUUUUGCCCAAAGAGAGGCAACAACUGGUGGAGUCUCAAGCAGUGCUCAUGUUGAUCAGGUCUGGUUGCCCAGAGAACUGAAAUCCCAAGACAACAGGGAAAAGGUCUGGAACCACAGGAGAUCACAGGGAUCACAGGAACUGAAUCGGAAGCGUUCACGCAGUAUGUCACGCCGAUCUGCCCCUUCUAGUGGUGCACUAGAGGGUAGUAUCUACAGGAUAAGGAGUCGUAGUGCUCACAGAGAACAGGACCAUCCCAGCUGGGUGCAACAGAAACCAAGUGUCAGUGGUGAGGAGGAGGAGGUGAAGGACUCUGAAACUCCAGUCGGUGAGACUGAUAGUCAAUAUGGGACCUGGGAGACAGGACUACAUACUGAUGACAGCCAAACCUCCGCCACUCCCAACUCGGAAAGCAACCUCAGCCCUUCUCCAAGGAAUGCAACUCAUUCUUCGCUCCUGCAAAGUCAACACGUCUCGCAGUUGGAUGCAGACGUCUUUGACGGCCUGCAUCCUUCCCCUUCCUCUGAGAGCCAGCCACUCUCAUUCCCUGAUGCCCCAACCACCCUGUUAGACAACAGCGCCCUCCGCUCCAGAGUCCAGCUGGGGAAAAAACGUGCUCCCAGGACGCGGCCUUCCAGAGCUGCUCGUCAGAGCACUACCCACGUUGCGGGAGAGGGAGAAGCUUCUGACAACUGGAUCUACCAAGACUCCACAGAGGAGAAGGUUGAGAAUAAGAUGGACGAAGCAGACCCAAAGGAGCAGGGAAGAGCAGCAGAAGCUGGUGCUGCUGUUGCUUCUCAAUCCCAGAGGAUUGCCUUGUUCCCUGGGGUUGACCCCGUUGCUUUAAAGGUCCAGUUAAAGAAGAGGAGUGACUCCGACAAUCAAACAGACGCACCUUCUCCUUUGUUGCCCUCCCGCUCCCCCAAGUCACCCUUCCUGCCUCGGGCUGCUCGGGUACUGCCCCCAGCUGGUGGCAAAGAAAAUGGUGAGGAGGAAUCACCCACCUGGUUGAAAGAGCUCAAGUCUAAGAAGCGCUUCAGUCAGCACGAGAACGAGAACUAAGUUGCCUUCUGAGAUGGAUCCAUAAGAAACUGAGGCCUUAAUGUUCGACUCAGAGAGUAGGAGGGUGGAAUCUGCUGCUGAUGUAUAGAUUUUUUUUUUCUCAUUCCUUUUGGUUCUCUUACUGUCUGGGUUGAUCAUGCAUGGUGCCUUUUUUUAGAGGAUCUAUAAAACAACAACAGCAAAAAAAAGCAAACACACCCAGCUGCUCUGCUUAUAGGGGAGUGACCUCUUGAGAACACUUUGAUCGGGACCAGAAGAAUUGGGGGGUAGUAGUGAAGGGGAUUCAUUUCCUGUCAGGAAAUGGUUAACUUGAGGGACCACUGCACAAUUCACAGCAUGCUGGAUAGCCAGCUAGUACAAUACAAUACAGAAUGUUUAUACUGAGUUUCCUUACUAGACUAAUAUGUACACGUCAGUGGUGGUAUGUGUGUUGUCUUCAUGUUCUCAGUCAUUGAUGGGAGUCACACAAGCAUUGCCAUAGGACAACAUUUCAGACAGUAAUGGUUCCUUGUUGAACUUUGAAAGCUGCUGACCACAUCAUUAGUUGGGAUGUAUAUCAUGUAAGUAAUCAUGAGAUGUUAUAUUUUGUAUGCUUUCACAAUGAUAACGAGUUUUGGGGAGUUUUUAUUUCUCAAUAUUGAGGGUCUUUUUUUUUUUUUAAAUAUGUAUUUUUCCUUUAUGGUAGAUGGAUGGGGACUUUUGGCUAAGUGACUUUGCAUCUUGAACACUCCUUAACAGCACAAAUGCGGCAUUAAUCAUGUCUUCUCCCUCUUUUCGCACCAUAAAAGCCAUACAGCACCUUACUGUUGUCACACACUCCCAUCGUGCUCUGGCAAUGUGCCACCCUCCCCUCAUGUGCAACAAGUGCAUGAUGCACAAUCUUCGCUGCCCAGAGUCAAGGGGAUGAUUUUGACUCACACAACUUUAUCGCCUCGAUUGUUAAAUGACUCCAUAAUACAUGUGUGUCUGCCUCAUCAUGUUUGCCAUUGACCCAUCCCCCACCUGAGCUUCUCUAAAGCACUUUGUCACUUGAUGCACAACAGCACUGACCCUCGUUUUGGUCUCCUGUAUGCGGGUGAGAAUUAGAAUAUUCAUACAAAGAAAGAAUGACUGUGUGGAUUAUCCCUGUUUUUUUUUUUGUACAUGUGUAAAAUACAUUUGAGGGUUUCAUUUUUGUAAUUUCUUUUGUUCAUUUUUUGGUGUUGUUCUGGCCUGUGUCCUAAAGUGAAUCAAUUCUUAAUAAAAAAUCUAUUUGACUUGC